AUGUCAGAAGAUGAUUGCCGAUCUCCCAUUGGCCUGGACUGUUGUAGCUGCUGCUUAGACUUGGCCAAUGGCAUUGAUGACUCUAUGGGAGGAAGGGGGAGUCCAAGCCAAGGUUUGGGGGCACUGCCUGGGAGCCCCACCAGCCCAACGGUCAGCCACUUCCGGCAAUUUCGGCACCAGCUCAGGUACCAGAACGUCAACACCGACAAGCUCAACAACAUCAUGAGGCAGGAUUCGCUGGAGUCUGUGGUGCGAGAUCCGUGCUUCCUGCUCAACGAAGGAAUCUGCAACAGCAAUAUUGACCAGACCAUGCUGUCCAUCCUUCUCUACUUUCACAGGGGAGAUCCAGAGGAUUACCCUGACGGAUGA